AAAGGCGUGUCGAAUGUACCAACUAGAACGUCGACUCAAUCUUAUAGGUUAUCAAAAGAAGGUGUAACCCACCGAGAGAGAACAUUUUCUUUUAUUUAUUGAUCAUCUAUCGCCAGAAGCGAGUUAACUGUAGCUUUGCUACUAUUUGGUGCGAGUGCGAGUGUUUCCCAUCUCAUCGAAAGUCGCAAUGUUCCCGUUGAAACCUUUAGAACCUUCAAAUUACUUGUUAUCUCCAUCAUCAUGUUCAUCAUCUUUAUCUCCUUCACCUUCAAGUCAUUCGGAUAAUUUAGCCGAUAAGAUAAAUAAGAAUUUACUUUACUUUAACAAUACAGUUCUUAAUUAUUCAUCAAAUAAUAACAAUUAUCAGCAUGUUAACUGUGAAUCAACUCCAUCAUCAUCAUCAUCUUCUCAGAUAAUAACAUCUUCUUGCCAACCAACAGCAUCAACAACUCCACCACCCUCAUCAUUACUAUCAACAUCAUCCAUGGAUAUUAAUAACAAACGGACCAGUACGAACUCUAAUCAUGUCUCUCAAUCAAUUGGUCAACAACAACAAGGUCAAUCUCAGGAAUUAUCUCGACCACCAUAUUCUUAUAUCGCUCUUAUUUCAAUGGCGAUUGAAUCUUCAACCGAAAAACGAUUAACUCUCAGUUCAAUUUACGAGUUUAUCAUCGAUAAAUUUGAAUAUUAUCGACAGAACAAGCAUGGUUGGCAGAAUUCAAUUCGUCACAAUUUAUCGUUAAACGGAUGCUUCGUUCGUGAACCUCGAGACGACAAGAAACCAGGGAAAGGUUCGUUCUGGCGACUUCAUCCCGCUUCCUAUGGGAUGUUUGACCAUGGAAGUUACUUGAGGCGGAAAAAACGAUUCAAAGAUAAUUUAAUGAAAGAAGAUGUUAAUUGUUCCCAAUCGAAAACUUCAACGGCAACAAUUGACCCUCUUCGCAAGUCCCGAUCAAAGAAACAACCAAAUAAACGUAAACAAUUGCGAAACUCUUCCUCACCCAAUCCAAUUAAAUGUAAUUCUAUUGAUUCUAAUAAUUAUAUUACACCGAUUUCGCUGAGUACAAUUGAUGAUAAAUUCAAUGAUGAUUCUGGUCAAGGGUCAACCAAAUUGUCCAAUAAACGGUCAACAAUUAAAGGUUGCGAUAGGAGUUCAGGAUUAUGUUCAGUUGAUUAUCUUGAUGAUGAGGAUGAAAAUCAAAUGAUGAAUUCACCAAAACAAUUGGUAAUUGAUUGUAAUCCUUAUAAUGAUAAUUACUUUGAAAGGAAAGAUAGAGAUUAUGAUUUAAUUGAUUCUCAUCAUUCUUAUCAUCAAAAUCAUCUUAAUAAUCAUCAAUCUAACGGUAAUUAUAAUCAUUUCGUUAAAUUGGAACCUUUUUCAUCCUCAAAUCUUCAUCAUUUAUCUUCCUCUGGAUCAUCAUCUUCAUCUUCAUCAACAACAAUACCAAUGGUUGAUUUAGUUUUUAAUCCUUACAAUACAAUUUUCACCGAUCACAAUCAACUAAUUGCUGAUAAUCAAGAUAAUGUAACACCAAUUAGUUUAACAAAUGGUUCGAUUGUCUCUUCAUCAGGAUUAUCUUCAUCCUCUCUAUCAUCAUCAUCGAUGACAUCUUCUUCUUCAUCUUCACCCUCUUCAUUAUCAUCUCUUUCAUCAUCUUCUUCACCUUCUUCAUCCUCAUCCCCAUCUACAACCUCAUCUUCAACCGGAAGUGGUUCUGGUGCAAAUGAAUUAAAUCAAAGUGUUAAUCAUGAUUCAUGUUCAACUUUCACUGUUGACAGUUUAAUGUCAACAACAGCAAACACAACAAACACAACAAAAACAACAACAACAACAACACCUUCAAGUGCCGAUCAUCAUCCUCAUCAUCUUAAUCCGUAUCAUCUUCCACCAUCAUCUAUUGGAUUAUCAGGAACAAUUGAAAUCUCAUCAUCCUCUUAUUCAGAUCAAAUAUCAACCUUAACAAUAUCAACUGCAGCUUCAUCUCUAUCAUCAUCAUCAUCAUCAUCAUCAUCGGUAUCUUCAGCUUUAGUUUCAUCAACAACAACAUCAUCAUCUGGUUCAUCUCCAUCAUCAGCAACCUCGACAACACCAACACCAUCAUCAAUUUAUCAUCAUUCAAAUCAAUCGUUAUCUGUCAUGAUUGACCCAACUAGUAAUUCUCAUGCUCAUCUUCAACCAUCAUCAUCAUCAUCAUCAUAUGAUCGUUGCCUUACAUCAACGGUUCCUUCUUGGUAUCAGGAUGAAAUUCAUCACCCCUCUCUUCCUGAAAAUCAUCAUCAUCAUCAUUCAUAUCAUCAUAUUGGCUCAUCUUCCUCCCUGGUAACAUCAUUGGGACAACAAAGUUGGUCAAAUUUUCGCGAUUAUUAUCCAGAGGAAAUUAAUCUUCAUCAUUCAAGAUCACCGCAUUCAUUUCAACCUCCACCACCACCACCACCACCACCCCAGCAACAGCCACAACCACAACACCAACAACAACCACCAAAUCAUCAUCAUCACCACCACUACAAUCAUCAUCCAAUUUACAAUGAAGAUACGUGCAACCAACGGAUGCAGGCAAUAUCAUCAUCAAAUUUACCUAAUUGUGCUCAAACAUUUAAUCACCCUAACUACUCAACAGCAAAUUAUCCUUGCUACUAGUCACCUUAAUCAUAAUCACCUUGAUCAUCACACAAUUUAAAACUAAUUAAUAAAUCUCUCAGUUAAUCUGAAUAAGAACAAUAAAAAAUGUAUCCUCUUGUUUUCACUCAUUAAAAUCUUUUGAUCUCUCUGUCAAAAUAUCAAAAAGUCUUCAAAUUAACCAAUUCACAAUUAACAGUAUUUCAAAUCCUCAUGAUGAUGACGAUGAAUCAUGAUGAUCAGAGUAAAUCAGAUUCGAUAGUAAAAUUACAAAUAAUCAUAAUCUCUGAAUGAAUUGAUAAAAAAAGAAUCAGAAAAAACUUUCAUCUGAACUUCCUUGUUUUUUUUUCCUAAUAUUUUCUCAUUUGAUUUAAUCAUAACAAUUUAUUAAUUUCUCGAAUCUAUAUAUUAAUAUCAAUAUUUUCAUCAUCUUAAUCAUCAUCU